AUGGCGCCGUCAUCGUUGUCGUCGGCCUUGGGACUGAUCCAUGGAGUGACCUUGAUGGAAAACCGAUUCCUCUACCGCCGCGAUCUAGGAAGCGGUACAUCCAGCAUCGUCAUCCUUGCCCUUGAUACCUUCACAAAGAAGAACGUCGCCAUCAAGAUUUGGAACGAAUCGCUGUCGGCGGCUGGGGAACGGGAGGUCGACAUCUUGGAGCUGGUGUCGACCCAUGGGCCACGCUUGGGACUACCGAUAGUUCAGUUGGUUGGAUCCUUCUACUAUCACGAACGCUUGUGCAUCGUGAUGGAACUCUUGGACGCGCCCAUCCAUCUCCACUCGACCAAAGACAUGCCCGAUGGUCGAUACUUGCCUGCCGCGGAAAUGGCCCUCGACGCUGACAUUGACUGCAUCUCACGCCCUCAGAUGUCCCUACACAAAUUGCGGCUGAUGGCGUUUCAUACAUGUGCGGCCCUCGCCUUUGUUCACAACGCGGGUAUCAUUCAUGGCGAUCUCAAGCCCGACAACAUCUUGAGCGACAAUUCUGUCGUUGACGGCGGAGUGAAGCUCGUGGAUUUUGGAAACUCCAUCUACCUCGACGAGGCCACGAACCAGAUCUCAGCGCAUGGCUUCGAUGUCCAAGCGAUGCUCUAUCGCGCCCCAGAAGUGGCCAUCGGAUCGUCCUUGUCGACUGCCGCCGACAUGUGGUCCCUUGGGUGCAUCGUCUUGGAAGGGCUGAUCGGACAACCCGUGUUUGCAGCUCGGUCGCGCGCGCAUCUGCUCACCCAGAUCGACCAAGUCGUUCCACUCACGUUGGCCAGUGGCAUGUUCCAUCGCGAAUACAUGGCCUUCCGCCGCCAAGUGGAAGUGAAACCCAUCUCCCUCGACGCCAUCCUCAAGCGGUUCCGUGUCGCCCACGCCGACGUCGCGUCGUUCCUGCACACGUGUUUUGUCGUGGAACCAGACCUCCGCCUCACUGCUGCGCAGGUUUGA